AUGUAUAUCACUCUGCGCCCUGAGGGCCGAGCGCCGAGAAGCUUUGGACCCAAGACAGAGGGGCAUCCACUUGAAGCUUCAUGGCGACGAGCAGUUGAGGCGCCCGCCUCCGUGGCCCAGCUUGGCAACGGGUUCACGAAGAGGCAGGUCUCCAUAUCUGGAGGGCAGACAACCAACCUCACCGUCGGCAUCACGGUCGGCGUCGCUGUCCUUCUCUUCCUUCUUGGUGCGGGUGCGUUCCUCUAUUACUAUGGAGUGUCUCUCAAAAAGAUUGGCCGCCGCAAACGUCGUCGUAGCCGCCGGAGCCACCGUUACCAGCACAAGUCGGUCAGCUCUAGGAGUUCCAAGAGCUCAGCCGAUGACCCUCCGGCGUCUCAUCCGCCUCCUUCGGCCCCACCUUCCGCUGCUCCAGCAAGCGCUCCUCCCGCCGACCCUCCUGCCGACCCUCCGGCUGACCCUCCCGCCGAUUCCCCGGCUGACCCUCCAGCUGAUCCGCCCGCGGAUAAAUAG